AGCAACUAUGCUUAUACCUUCAUUCAUUUUUAUGUAUUUCAUAAUUUGAUUUGCACUGACAUCUCUGGACCGGUGGCCGCUACCAGUGUGCGCAGCGCUUGGUUUUCUCAACAGCAUUACACUAUUGUUGUUUGUUCUCCUUUUUAAUAAACAUCGUUUCCUUCGCUUCCUUCGCUUUCUUUCGUUCCAGAUCUUUGUAUAGUUCCUCCUCGGCUUUCAUCAGUAGACGGUUUCUCUCACCUGCCAUCCUACACGCGGGUUUUUUCCUUAGGCUUUGCCUCGUCCUUUUAUGUUUUUGUAAAGCUUCUGCGUUGUCUUCUCGGCUGACGUCAGAGCGGUAGAGCGUGUUAUUGCUGACCCUCCGAUUUAGUGCUGUUGGCCUCAACUACUUGUCCGCAGUGUACGUAGCACGCGCUGGAACUCACGCUUGUGGGGGUAUUCCGUCGUAUCCUUUCCUCAUCGAGCGCAAUUAUUCUCCCCGGCUCACUGCGCGUCCGGUUAGGUUGAUAUACGUGUGUGCUGACUCGAACCCUGUUCUGCAUCCUCCUUCUCUUCCCCUCUUCGAAUCAAAAGAAAAAAAACUCGUGUAGCUUGUUCAGCGGCCUUUUUUGUUUUCCCGUUUUCCUUUUCUCUCAAACUGACGAGCUGUGUCUUCUUCUUUCUCCGCCGUGAGACUGCACUGUUGUGCGUGUGUGUGUGUGUGUGUGUGAGCGUGGCACCACCAUUUUCACCGGUGGAGAGUCUCAGAGCGGCAGAACAGUAGAAGGCAGACAAUUAACCUUUCGUGUUUUAGUUUUUCACGCAUCGCGAACGUGCUUUCAAGUAUUGGAGAUCACUCAAACGUCUCGCGGCGGUGACUAAGAUUGCGUUUUACUUAUUUAUUUGUGAAGACGUGUUUAUAGUGCAGUCGCGUGUUGCGGAAGCGCACCACUGCGCGGUGGUAGGGAACUGCGGCAUCCUUCGCUCCUCUCUCGCUGGGAGGGAUCGGCUUGUGUCGCGAUACGUUCUUUCUUUCUAAGUUGCGGUUGUUGUGUCUUCGCGGUGUCGAUUCUUUCGUCUUUCCUUUGCUUGCGGAGGCGCGAUUAUUCGAUUCUCUAUUUUUUGUCUUCGCCACUGCCUUCGUUUUCUUUUUUUCUUCUUCUAUGUAUCUGCGGGAGCCGAUUUGCGGACUUCUCUCGCGCGUCUUUGUGAUUGUGCGGUCGUACAUUGCGCUUCUUCUUCACUGUGGUCCGCGGCGUCGCACUGUCUCCGAUCGUUGCGUUGAUCGUAGCCCGGAGGUGGACCAUUCGAGGAAGGCAGAGGCUGCAGCAGCACCAAAGCACAAAAUUGGACUUCAAUUUUGUGCGACGUUCAUUUCCGCUUCGUUUGUCUGUUUCCAUCUUUUUUUUUCAUAAGUCGAAGCACUGCUUUAACGACGAAUAGAAAUACCUUUCAACGCAGAAGGCAUUCCGUCAUCGGUGCCUGUCUUCCCUCUUCCGCUGUGAAUUCGACCCACCGUAAUUUCGCCCUUGCUUUAUUUCUAUAUUGACGUAUCCCCUGUUUUACUAUUAUUUUCCUCUCCGCCGACGCGCGAUGGCGUCGACUUCGUUUAACAGUUUUUCCCGUGAGUGGGGCGGUCUUCUGGUACAGGACUCUGCAGCCUCGCUCGACCGCCUCUUCGAUGCGUAUCAGCUGGCUAGUGCGCUCGAUGCGCGCCCGGCGACUAUUGAGGACUACACGGACCUGUGGGCCGCCGCGAAGCGGGCGAACAUGGAAUGGGGAGCGGCGUGCAUGGUGCGCAGCGUGCGCCGCUCCGUCUCUUUGGAGGGGGCCGUCACGUCUUUUCACUUGAUGACGGCAAUGACGUGUUGGGCGGCUGCGUUGCACCAACGCACGGCGGACUUCUUUAAGGAGUGCAAAGCGCAGGUGCGAGAUGUUGUGGCGCGUGUCGUGGCCCGCUGCACCGCGUGGAUGGGAGAGGAGGGCGCCACCGUCGUGUACGAAGAGAUCGUUUUCUGCGUUGCCUUGGAGCUCUUCGGCUGGCACGAUAGCUUGCUGACGUGUCUGCGCGCUGCCACGGCAGCACAGAGGGGACCUACAGACGAGCAAGACGUGCUGCUCUUCACCGCCACCGUUGCGCAGCACCUCACCCCCAAGCGUGCGCCCCGCGGCUUCAGCACGGAGAGCACGCCGAGCCUCACCACCGGCCGCAUCUCCGUCGUUAGCAGCGCCUCGGAGCACGACGGGAUGCACAGCCACCGCGGCGCCACCACCACCAACAGCAAAGAGGAGGUGGCGGUAGUGAUGGGCUGCCCGACUUCACCGUCGCAGCGCUGCGCAAUCAGCGAAGAGGCGUCGUCGGUGCGCGUCAAGUUCCAACGCACGCGCGCUGUGGGCGCCGCGCGAGGAGACAGGGGGGACGGCGGCGGGGCGGCCGCGGUGCCGGGCGGCGUGCCCUCCCCCAUGCACCCACCGACGCAUUCGCCGCCCCUCAGCCCCCUGCACAGCCGCGCCCACAACGUCCCAUCGGACCCGCCGCGCAGCCGCGGCACCCCGCAGUCUUCACCCCAAAACCCGACGACGCCAACACACGAGGCGACAACCCCCACGGCCGCCCCGCCGCGUAGACGCGACUCUGCGACCACGACCACACCACUGCAGGAGAAGUCACGCUCGGACGAAAUACGAGAACGGCGGUGGCCCAUCGACCCCAAGCGGGCAAAGGCAACGCCGAAGAAAGACAAUCAGGGGUGCACCGCGUUUUAA